AUGGCUGUGCAGGAGGCGCACACUGAGGCACACCAUGCCAACGUGGGAGAGCGGCUCGCUUUCUUGGAGAAGGCGAUUGGUGACUCAGCCGAGAAGCACGCGCAGGAGCUUGCGGAAGCUCACUCCAAGAUCGCCAGCAUGCACUCGCGCCUUUCCGCCUGUGAAGCUACAGGAUCAGCAGUGGACGGUUUGAAGAAGGCACAUGCCAACCAUUUGUCUGAUCAAACAGCACGAGAUGCGCAUCAUGCGACACUUGCGGAGCGGUUGGACUAUUUGGAGAGGAUGUUUGGAGAUUCCGCGGACAUGCAUGCCAAGCAGCUGAAGGCUGCCCAGGACAAGAUCGAGAAGAUCCAUGCUCGCGUGGCAAGCUGUGAAGAGACGGGCUCCAUGGUGGCAGACCUACACAAGUCGCAUCAGCAAGUAAACCAAGAGCACCGAGACAAGAUCUCCAGCCUGCACUCUUCCGUUAGCGAGCGGCUGAGCUACCUGGAGGGCUUGAUGGGUGAGUCUGCUGAGCUCCACGCAAGGGAGCUAGAAUCCCUGAAGACAUCGCACUCGCGGAUGGCCUCCGAAGUGAAAGCCCGAGAUGCCCAUCAUGCGACCGUCUCGCAGCGCCUGGACUACAUCGAGAAGCUCCUGGGCGACUCAGCUGACAAGCACGCCCAGGAACUCAGGGCGGCCCAUAGCAAGAUUGAUCAAGUGCAUCAAAGAGUCACUGGCUCGCAGCAGGAGGAAAGCUUGCGAUCUCUUCUGCAUUCUGAGAAGGAGGCUCGGCAAAAGCAUGUGGCCACCGUGGAAGAACGGCUGGAACGCCUGGAAACGUCUCUGGGUGAGACCCACAGCAAGCAUGCUUUGGAGAUCGAGUCGACCAAAGCUGCACACCAGAGACUGAGCAAAGAGCAGAAGCUGCGUGAUAAAAAGCACGCUUCCGUGCAGGAGAGGCUAGAAUAUCUGGAAACGAAGAUCGGGGAUCCCUUUGACCAACAUGAGCGCGAGCUGAAAGCUGCUCAUGCAAAGUUGGAGCAGGCUCAGAACCGAAUUCUCCAGUGCGAGAAGCAGGGUGCAACAAUCUCCGAACUCCACCGAUCACACAGCACGACCUCGCAAGAGCACAAAGCGGCUCUUGCGGCCCACACGGCUUCUUUGGGCGAGCGCCUGGAAUUCCUCGAGAAGAGCCUCGGCCAGUCUGUUGAAAAGCAUGCCAAGGAGGUGGAGGCCCUGAAGGUGUCUCACUCGAAGUUUGCCACAGACACGAAGCUUCGAGAUACCCACCAUGCGACUGUAUCGGAACGCCUCGACUAUGUCGAAAAGAUGGUCGGGGAUUCGGCUGACAAGCACGCCAAAGAGUUAGCCGCUGCCCAUGACAAGAUCAAAGACAUGCACAAGCGCGUGACGGACUGCGAG